UCUCUUGAAUCUGUGAAGAGGAGCAGUAAGUCAAAAUUACGACACAUGGGGCAGUCUGUUGUUUUCGGCCCUGUUGUAGUUUCGCUGUGGCCGUAGUUUCGACACCGAUCAGUCGCGUACAAGAUGUUUUAUCAGAACUAAAGCAUAAAGUUAUUAGUAGAAUUUACAUUGGCCCGAGUUCAUUCACUGCGGUUGAUUUGUAAUCGACAAUAAUACAUACUUGGUUAAGUGUCAACCAAUAUCGCGCGGUAUUCGCACUGGAACCAGUUUAUCUUGAUAGUUGCUUGUUAGCUUAGCCACCCAGUCUGUGCUAAUCAGUUCGCUGUUGCGUGAGACUUCUCUGUCUGCGUUUAUAACGCAGGAACAAAAUGAGCACACAGUCCCCAAUAUAACUGUGUUGUACAACCCCAUAUCUAUGUCCCGGAGGUCAGAGGAUACAGCUAAUUACCACAGCCUUCACAGCAGAUAUGCUGACCUAGGAGCAGCGCAGAGACGUUUCUGUGCAGAGUGACCUGAGCUGACUGUGACCUCGAUUCCUCCCAAACCCCAGUCCCUGUCUGCAAGAGGUCAUGUCGGACAACACGCCCAACAACAAUGUGCCUCUCAAUAAUAAUAACAACCGCAUGCGGAACCCCAACAUCAACCAGAACCCGCUCAUCAAUGUUCGUGACCGCCUCUUUCACGCCCUCUUCUUCAAGAUGGCUGUUACCUAUGCCAGACUCUUCCCUCCGUCCUUCAGAAGGGUGUUUGAGUUCUUUGUUCUUCUCAAGGCACUCUUCGUCCUGUUCAUCCUCGCCUACAUACACAUUGCCUUUUCACGAUCACCCAUCAACUGUCUGGAAGGGGUAAGGGACCGCUGGCCUCGUGACGGCAUCCUCCGGGUGGAGAUCCAGAGGAACUCCACCAGAGCCCCUGUUUUUCUUCAGUACUACGACUCGAGUUUCCAGGAGGAGAUGGAGGCAGAGGAUACUGGGGGAGGUCCGAGUAUAGCUGGGCUCAGUCUGGCAGCGCUGCAGGACGAAGAGGAGGAAGAGGAGGAGAUGACUCUGGAGAUGUUUGACAAUAGCUCUGUGCAUUUUGAGUUGGACCUGGAGCCUCGCCUGAAGCCCUCCCUAGUUGGUGGAGCUGUGGGGGCAGGAGGAGGAGGAGGGCCAGCAGUGAACGAAAGCCAGGAUGUCUCCUUCAGCCAGACCACUAAAGGUAUGCAGCCGCUGCAGGACUCUGUGUCUGAGCUGGAGAUGCUAACCAGAGCAGUUUGGCCUCAAGAGGAGUACAUUGUGGAGUAUUCUCUGGAGUAUGGUUUCCUGCGCCUGUCUCAAAGCACCAGACAAAGGCUAAAUAUCCCUGUCAUGAUAGUUACUCUGGAUCCCAUGAAGGAUGAAUGUUUUGGGGAUGGCUUUAGUCGCUUCUUGCUGGAUGAAUUUUUAGGCUAUGAUGAUAUCUUGAUGUCCAGUGUCAAGGCCCUGGCAGAGAAUGAGGAAAACAAAGGAUUUUUGAGAAACGUGGUUUCUGGUGAACAUUACCGCUUUGUCAGCAUGUGGAUGGCAAGGACGUCAUACCUGGCUGCUUUUGUCAUUAUGGUAAUCUUUACUUUGUCCGUUUCUAUGCUGCUCAGAUAUUCGCACCAUCAAAUCUUUGUCUUUAUUGUGGACCUUCUUCAGAUGUUGGAGAUGAACAUGACCAUUGCUUUCCCCGCUGCCCCUCUGCUCACAGUCAUCCUGGCGCUUGUUGGAAUGGAGGCCAUUAUGUCUGAAUUUUUUAAUGACACAACAACUGCCUUUUACAUCAUCCUCAUUGUGUGGUUAGCUGACCAAUAUGAUGCUAUCUGCUGUCACACUAACACUAGCAAACGCCAUUGGCUGAGAUUCUUUUAUUUAUACCACUUUGCCUUCUAUGCUUAUCACUAUCGCUUUAACGGCCAGUACAGCAGCCUGGCCUUGGUAACAUCCUGGCUUUUUAUCCAGCACUCCAUGAUCUACUUUUUUCAUCAUUAUGAACUUCCUGCCAUCCUACAACAAAUCCGGAUUCAGGAGAUGCUUCUACAGAACCAGCAGGCGGGCCAGAACAACCCCACAGCCCUGCAGGACAGCGCCUCUGCUACAGUGCAACCUGGACCUGCUCCUGACGCAGCCCCUCCCGCACCUGUUGCCCCCGGCCCUGAGACAGAGACCCAGACGGAGCUGCAGACCGCUGCCUCUGCACCAGCCUCCACCUCAAACCCCACCACGUCAAACCCCACCAUCUCUGAGGCUGCUGCAGGGGAUGUCCGCUCGGAGCUCAACUGGGUGGCUCAGACCGCAGCCAUCAUCACUGAGGCUCUGUCCAGCUCAGCCCAGCAAAGCAGCACAGUGCAUUUCAGAGUCAGGGAGGGGGGGUCUGCCUCCACUACAGGAGACAAUGGGACUCUGGGGGCAGGAGAGAUUAAUAUGGAAGUGUGGGUUGGAGGGGCAACACCGAGAGGUGAAACAGAAAACAGUACAGUAGGACCAGAUGUCACAACAUUAAAAAAUAAGAACUCAGUGAUGGAUGCUACAUCCACAGCCGCAUCCCCACCAAGCCCCACGUUUGUCAGACAACCACAGGAAGCACAAGUGGCCUCUGGAGGGAGCCCUACUCCUUUACAAACAGACUGUGCUAUUUUACAGACUUCAGGUACAGACUGGGACCCUAGAGCUGAGCAGAACUCCUCCACUAGCCCUUCAUGAGACCCAAUGACAAUAUCUCACUUAUCAGACUUUGUGCCUCAGCAAGUGAGCUAAUCAGAGGGUUCAAUAAUAAUUACCUAUUUUCUGAGAUUAGUUCUCAUUUUAAGUGAAUCCAAAGUGAGAAAACAGGGUGUUGGACCAUUGAUAAUAAAAAAAAAAGACUAAAAUAAUAACCAGACAAGUUUAAAUCAUUAAAAGCUUUCUUGUUGCAUCAUUAGUGGUCUGGACCCACCUUCUAGUCAGUUCAGAUUUUCAUCCUCUGAAUGGGAUUCAAAUGGGCCCAUCAGUGGAUUGUCUUUCUCGAAUUGACUAAAAUGUGAAGCAUCACUCUGUGAGACCUUAUAGCUGCUGGUUGGGAUCAUUUUGCUUAGUUUAAUCUACAACAUGUUUAAUACAAACACAUGAGAAUGUUAAACAAGAUGUAAGUUUUUUUGUACCAGACUGAAGGACUGAAGCACAAGAGAUACUUUUCAGAGUUUUAUUUAUGAGAACAGAUUCUCAGAAAAAGUACUUUGGCCAGGACACAACAGUGGAUGACUGUCCUGUGCCAAUGAAUGCCUUAUGAAUAUCCCCAUAUGGACAGUACAAUGCACAGAUCUGCUGAAACUUACCCAAUACACGUUCCCCUGCCUCCCAUGAGAGGUGCUGUGUUCUUUUACAGAAUUAAGAAACUGGCUGCGUUAAUAAUACCAAUUCUGAAGUGACUAAAACUAAACACUGUGGAUGUAAGGUGUGUUUUGCCUGAUUUUGGGAGUGUGGUAAAGAUUGCUGAUGCACACUUGGAAAUAUGACUGUGCCUCUGCAGCGAGAUUAAAGCUUAAUCAUUGAACUCUUCAAAUGUAUUUUAUUGUUCAGUAAAGUUGGCUCACAUCAGCUGUCUGCCCAAA